AUGCCAUUUAACAUAACAAAUAGUAUACAAGUGUAUGAUGACUCGUCCAUGAAUCCGCCGGAAUAUGAACAAGCUCGAUGUAGCUCACAUUUUCUUACGCUUAUUUUCCAUACUCAACCCACACUUUUAAUAAUAUUCGGCUUUUUAGCAAAUUUAUUUUCAUUUGUUGUACUCACUCGUCCACGUUUACGUCGUCGGCCAACAUUUUCCUAUCUUGCUUUUCUCAGCCUAUCAAAUUCAUUCUUAUCGCUUAUUCAUGCCAGUUUUACUAUUCUUGGAUUUUAUUUUGGUUUAACACUUGAUAAUUUGUCAUUAUUUAUAUUUUGUCGUUUUUUAAAUCGAUUUGCAAUUGAUUUUCUGACACAUUUCUCAUUAUAUACAUUAACAGCUGUUGAUCUUGAUCGCGUACGUACAGUUACAUCAGCAACAAGCAAUCAUAGAAAUAGUCGUUCAAAUGGAGGUAGACAACAUGGUUGUGCUGAAGCAUUUAUUCGUGUAUGUUUAAUAGAAUUAUUUCUUGCAGUCGUUCUUUUUCUUCUCAAUAUACACUGGCUUAUUGCGUAUGGCUAUACGGCCUCUUCACCAAAUGGUUUAGAUGAACGCACAUUCUGCACAAUACCAUAUCUGAAUAAUGUAACAAGUUUAAAUCCAUAUUCAGUUGCUUAUAAUAAAUAUUUAACAUCAAUAUUACCCAUUAUAGAAUUGAUUGUAUUUAAUAUUUUACCAGUUUUUAUAAGUCUUCUUGCGACAAUUGUUAUAUUAAGACAUGUCUCAACUAGAUAUUCACUUUUAAAUCAUAUUAAUCAGCGUUUGAAAAAAUCCCGUCGUCGAAUGGAAUUACAUUUAUCAAUAUUACUGAUAUCAUUGAAUUGCGUAUUUAUAUUAUUUACAACACCACAUAAUAUUUAUAGUGUUUAUAUUGGACAAUUGCAACGACGUUUAGUGAAUAGACAAAAAAGUGAGGAAGAAUUGUGUUCAAUAUCAAUAUUACAAAAAAGUUUAGAUUUAUUACAGCAAUGUUAUUUUAUGUCAACGUUUUUUCUUUACAUAUUAACCAAUAAGCGAUUUCGUGAAGAAUUUUGGGAUUUAAUAAAAACAAAUUUAUUCUUUGCGAGAAAAAUUAAAAAAAGAGAAAAUUCAUCAACAGAAAUUACAACGCGUCGACGUCAUCAUCGUCAUCGUCAAAGUGAAAUUGAUAGUAUUACACAAUUGGAUCAUGUCGAUCAACGAAACCAGUCUAUUGUUGAAAGUCCAAUGUCGAUUGUUAAUGAUUUUACACAAGAUGAUGUUGAAGAUGAAUGA